AUGCUUAUUGCCAGUCUUUGCUUGAAAGUCAUUGAUCAUGUGAAAACCUGUCUUAGUGAUAAUUUUGACAUGAAAUAUCUUGGUGAUUCUACGAGAAUUCUAGGUAUGGACAUAAUUAGGAACAUAAAAGAUUGCUCUUUGUUUCUAAUCAAAUCUGCCUAUAUGAAAAAGAUCUUAGAUAAAUUUUCCAUGAAAGAUGUCAGAUCUGUUACUGUGCCUUUAGCAGCUCAUUUUAUGUUAAGUAAGGAACAGUCUCCAAAGACUGAACCUGAAAAGUGUGAUAUGAAAUUUGUUCCUUAUGAUAAAGCAAUUGGUUCUAUAAUGUACUUGAUGGUCAGCACAAGACCUGACAUUGCAUAUGCUAUAAGUUGUCUGAGCAGGUACAUGGCUAACCCUGGCUUGCCCCGAGACCGGCGGUUGGACGAUAGAUGGGAGCUCAGAAUAGUAUAUGGGAAGCAUAAUCAUCAUCCGAUAUACAUAUCUGGGCAUGGGCUUAGUGCAUUGAAUGAAGCGGAGUCGAAGGUUAUCAAGGAUCUUUCACAAAGUCAUGUGCCGCCCAAGAAGAUUUUGGCUAACUUGAGAAAAAAUGGCUUGGGUCUCGAUGCUUAUUCGAAACAAAUAUACAAUGAAAAGGCGAAGUUGAGAAGAUUAGCUAGGGGCGACCGUACAGUGAUGCAACAUUUGAUUGGGUUGCUUGAGGAGCAUAACUAUUACAAGUGGUUCCGUACAGAUGAAACGACACAUGCAGUUAUCGAUUUGAUGUGGGCUCACCCUCUAUCUGUCGAAUUGUUAAGUAAGUUUCCGUACGUUAUACUACUUGACAGUACUUACAAAACCAAUCAGUACAAAUUGCCUUUGUUGGAGAUUGUUGGUGUUACUCCGGUUGGAAAAAAAUUUACUGUUGAAGUGGUUUUUAUGCGCCAUGAAAAUGAAGAGCAUUAUACAUGGGUGUUGCAAAGGUUGAAGAGACUUUUCCCCCCACAUACUCUACCUAGUGCACUCGUGACUGAUUGCGAGUUAGGGCUCCUAAAGGCGAUAGAGAAUGUAUUUCCGACUGUGCCUCAUCUAUUAUGUCUUUGGCACAUUAACAUUAAUGUGGGGCGUCGUGCUUCAAAGUGUUUUGGCAAUAGUAGGCGUCGAGGAUUUGCUUUUGUAGUCGGUCCGUGGCAAACUUUGGUAACAUCAGUGUGUGAAGAAGAUUUCUACCGGAAUUAUAGAGUUUUAGUGAACGAUUACGCGAAUCAUCCAGAGUUGAUUGAGUACCUCCAAGACACUUGGCUGAUAUACAAAGAGAAAUUUGUAAAAGCAUGGACGGAUCUAGUUUUUCAUCUCGGCAAUACAUCGACAAGCAGGGUGGAGAGCAACCAUAGAGCAUUGAAGAGAUGGUUGGCUUCGUCCACAGGUGGCUUUGACACAUUUUGGGCAUAG